AUGGCUGAAGACGCUCACCCGACUUACCUCUCACCUAGUGAGCUAGGCUCAAGGGACUACUGGGAAAACUAUUACGCCCGCACCCUAGCUCACAUCUCCAACCCCAAAGCCUCAACUGAGACCGAAACCGAAAACUCCAUUGCAGACGACUACGACUCAGACGUAAAUGAAGAAGAUGACCCCGGCACAUCCUGGUUCUCAGAACAUAAUGCCCCCGAAAAAGUCCUCCGCUUCCUGACCAGUCGCUCAUUCCCACUCUCGCCCAAGAAUACACCCACGCAAUCACAACCUACCAUUCUCGAUCUGGGCACCGGCAACGGAAGCAUGCUCGCCCUACUACAGAAACGGGGUGGAUUUUCAGGAAAGAUGGUUGGAGUGGACUAUUCACCACUUAGUGUUGAGUUGGCGAGAGAGUUGCAGAGGUCUAGGGGGCAUUCUGCUUAUCGGACAGAUGAUGAGGACUCUGAUGAUGAGGAUUCUGAGGAUGGACAGGGACAGGAAAAGGAACAGGGAGAAGGAGUGGAAGUCCCACCAAUUCAAUUCGAAGAAUGGGACGUUCUCGCUUCAAAAGCUACCCUCUCUCCGACUGGUCUCCCCGUUACAUCCACAGACUCAGACUCGGAAAUUCUCCCCUGGUUCCCCUACUCAGCAGGUGGAUUCGAUAUCGUUCUCGAUAAGGGGACCUUCGAUGCGAUUUCCCUGGCGGAUGAUGCGAAGGAAACGAGGGUUUGUGAACGGUAUCCUGAGAUUGUGAGACGGUUGCUGAGACGUGGAGGGUUCCUGAUGGUGACUAGUUGUAAUUGGACAGAGGAGGAGCUAAUUAGUUGGUUUACUGCGAAUUCUGGGGAGGAUCGGUUGGUUGUUUGGGGGAGGGUGGAGUAUCCACGUUUUCGGUUUGGUGGGCAGGAGGGGCAGGGGGUUUGUACGGUCUGUUUUCAGAGAUCAUUUAACUGA